UAAUACCUGCUGUACCUGCUUACUGAGUUUCUGUGAUUCAUAAAACUAAAAAAAAUGAAGGUUUCAAUGCUGUUAAAAUGAAAUCCAUCCAAGUAAAAUUAAAAUAAUGAUAAGAGGACAUUAAUAGAAAAUGAAAACAUUUUUCUCUCUCUGGAGAGCAAUAUUGAACAGGCUUCACAUAAUAAUGUUAUUUGUGAGCUUGGAUUCUAUACUGGAGGAAUGCUGCGCAAGUUUUAAGUUUGAAUUGUCCACCUAUACCGUGUGUAGUGAGAAGGACAAGACGUGGGUUUUAAUCUAAUAAUUUUCUGUGUUCUUCUGUUAUAAAUAUACAUAGGCAUCCGUUUGUGAGCAUUUUCAGUAAUUGAAUACCACAGUAAAGAGAACGAAAAUUUAUCUCACCCUGGAAUCUGAAUUGUCCAGUAUCACCAUCAACUGGGAUCAUAACACUUGUCAUUUCAAAGGCCAAACCUGAUAUUACCACUCGAUUCCUCAACUAAAAUGGAAUUUGAUUCAUUCAGUUGUCAUACAUGAAUGACCUUGAUAGUGUGUUGUAAAUUAUAAAGUGAAACAAAAUAGCCCUUCACCAUUUUUCUUGUAAAGCAAAUCCAUCAUAUUCGAUUGUUGUAGUGGUAUAAAACACUAGUAAGUCACACAUUGCAAAGUCCUCCUGAAUGUGAGCCAGACAUUUACAUAGAUCUGUGGUUAACCUCAAGAGGCAACCCAAUCUUGUAUUUGUUUCCUUUUUAGGCCACUUUUCUGACAACAAAGACUUCACCAGUCUCCUUAAACAGCUGAGAUCAGACUAAUUACAAAGCUCUAUUUUGUCCAUAACCUACCCUUGAUCAAUGCUAAAGAAGAUACACUAGCAUUUAAAUAAAAUUGUAUUUAUAGAGUCAGAGAGUGAUACAACACGAAACAGACCUUUCAGUCCAAUUAGUCCAUGCUGACCAUAAUCCCAAACUAAAGUAGUCCUGCCUGCCUCCUGCGCUCGGCCAUAUCCCUCCAUUCAUGUACUUACCUGGAUGUCUUUUAAAUAGUGAAACUGUACCCGCAUCCACCAAUUCUUCUGGAAGUUCAUUCCACAUAUGAACAAUCCUCUGUAUAAAAAUAUUGCCCCUCGUUUCCUUUUUAAAUCUUUCUCCUCUCAUCUUAAAACUAUGCCCCAUAGUUUUGAAAUCCUCCACAGUAGGGAAAAGACAUUUGGCGUUCACCUUAUCUAGAUCCCUCAUUAUUUUAUAAACAUUCAUCGGGUGACCCCGAAACCUCCUAAGAUGCAGUGAAAAAAGCCCCAGUCUAUUCUCACCUUAAAUCUCAAAACCUCCAUUUCUGGCAACAUCCUGGUAAUUCUUUUCUGAACCCUCUCCAGCUUAAUAAUAUCCUUCCUUGAACACCGACCAGAAUUGGACACAACAGUUUAGAAGAGGCCUCACCAAUAUCCUGUACAACUUCAACAUGGCAUUCCAACUCUUCUCCUCAAAGGUCUGAGUCAUGAAACACCUUCUUAACUACCGAAAGAACUACAGAUGCUGUAAAUCGCGAACAAAAACAAAGUUGCUGUCAAAUCUCAGGAAGUCUGGCAGCUUCUUUGAAGGAAAAAACAAAGUUAACGUUUCGGGUCUGGUGACCUUUCCUCAAAACUGGCAUUUCCCCUCUUUGCUGUCCACUGUACCACCGAUUUUGGUAUCAUCUGCAAACUUACUAACCAGGCCUUCUAUAUCCUCAUCUAAAUCAUUUAUAUAAAUGACAACCAAAAGCAGACCCAGCAAUGAUCCCUGUGGAACACUGCUGGCAACAGGCCUCCAGUAUGGAAAACUUCCUUGCAUCACCACUCUCCAUCUCCUGCCUUUUAUCCAAUUUUGUUUAGUUUCUACUUAAUUAAUAUUCCAGUAAUAAACAUCCCUGAUGAGCUGCGGAACGGUCACCGCACCCGAAACGUUAACGCUGUUUUUGUUUUCCAUCACAGAUGUUGCCAGACCCGGUGAGCUAUUCCAGCAACUUUGUUUUAGUUCCUGAUGAGCUGCGACUUUGUACUUGACUGAUUUCCAACAUCAAAAGUUCUAAAGGUUGGAAGAGAUUGGUUUACCUUGACUUCCUAGCUUGAAAAUGUGCCUUUUAUGCAAAGAAACUGUACUCUGGGACAGUGGUUUUUCAGAUUUACCUGCAGGUCCAGCUGUGAAUCGGAGUUGAAGUAGUUGCAAGCACUGAUGAAUAGGCAGCUAUUUAGCCUCUGGAUGGAAUCCUGUGGAAGCGACGAGGGUCUAGGUCAUUGACUCGAGAACUGAUGAGGGAACGGCUUGCCCCAACCAGCUUCCCUUCAGGGGAACGCCAGCCUCAGGUCGCUCCCCUCAAGGGGUAUGUCAUCCUGACCUUGCUCCUCUCAUGCGUAGGCAGCUACAUCUUUCUCCCCUCUGGCACAUAAUAGACCGGUGGAAAACCUGGUGGGAUGUCACUUUCCAUGAGCGGUUGGCUAACCAGAACCCAGCAUGUGUACUAAGCAGCAGUGUCACUUGGGAGGUGAUGAUCUCUGUUACCAUUGGCAACCAACCUACGAUUAUUGCUCGAUCUCGGACCAGGAUUGAGUGAAACACCAUUAGCACGCCACUUCCCCUUCUUGAUGUUGCACAUUGAAUGCCUUUGAAAGCCUGUUACAUUUCUUAAUGGUGACUCCCCUGCCCACUGUUGACUCAAUACCAGUUGUUGUGGGAUGAUGUAUGUGUACGUCAGUUGCUCAAUUGGGGACUUUAACUCGCAAUGAAGUUGGGAAGUUAUGCACAAGUCUUCUCACCAUGGAUUUAAUCUGGCUCUAAGCAGAAUUGUAGGUGGUGCCAUCCUUCCACCUGAUUAAAUGUCCUCUAUUUUCAAACUUGCCACAAGGGAAAGUACAAAAUCCCGCUGUUUUUGUUAUCAAUUCAUGGUUUUUAAUUUUGCAAUCAGUGUCGUAAGCAGCAGAUUAGUUCAGUCCUUGUGAAAUUGAAGGCAAUGCAACACUUUAAUUGGUCACUUUUUAACAUGGCAGGUUCUCAGACUGAGGAAAUGGUGAAUGUUGUUGAUCUUUAAUGCAAUAUAAUGGAGGAGAGAAAAAUCUGGACUAUAGAGCCCACAGGAAGAAAAUUAUAAUCUGUCAGUGCUGCCUCCAUUAGAACAAUGCCAAGUAAAUACCCGUCCCCAUAUCGAACAAUAGAAGUUUCCUGCAUAUCAGAACAUACCCAUUGAGUGGGGAACUGAUGAAUAAUGCAGGAGCACCAUCGGAUUGAAAUACUUUUAUUCUAAGAAUUUCAGAACAUGCUGGGAUUUUUAUAGCAAGCAAUACUUGUGAUGGAAUAUUCUUUUAAUGUCAAAAUGCUGCAACAGUUUGGAAGAACCAAUAUUAAAUGGAUAUUAUUGCAGAUAAUAUAUGUGAAUUAAAUAAAAUUGUUUGCUUAAAGUAUUUUGUAAUUCGAAUUGAAUGUCGCAUUUUUGUAUCUUAGUUGUCUUCUGUUUCUAAUUUUUCUUAUUUUUAUAGAGCAGGUAUUGUCCUGGUCACUUGUAAUGCUGCCAAUUCAAGAUUAACUACAUGGAUGGUCUCUAUCAGUUGCUUAAUCCCCGAUGUCAGUUUGCAAUCCUGAAUCCAAGAUUGUCACUUCAUCUUUCAAUUCUGUGUAUAAUCAAAGUCUGAGAUCAACAGCUUUCAUUUUACUAUCUGGAAGUCAAUCAGUGCAGAUUUUGUUUGUAAACAAGCGUUCUGUAUGUAAAACUGCUUCGUUUAAUUAGAUUAGUUAGUUAAGAUUCAUUUUAAUGAAAUGAAUCAUAACUAAGCUUCAUCUCUUCCUCAUUCUGAUUCUGAACACAUGGUAUGUCACGCAAUGGCAAUUCAAUUUUGCAUUGGUGCCGGUUCAAACCAUGUGUUUUCCAACUACAGAUUGAUACAGAUGAAAUUGUACCAUUUCCUUUUUAGUACCAUUCUCACCAUACAGUGUUUCUGUUCAUUACGUUUCUGUGCACAGUUCUGAACCAGUCCCCUUGCCCCUGAGCUUGCCAAAUGUCUCAAUGUUGUCAUGACAUUGUCAAAGAAUUCAUUCCUUGGUAGAUUCAGAGAUAAAUUAAUGUAACCUAGUAUGUGUUAAUGCCUCUGCUGUAAUCGGGCGAAACACUCAGGCCAUUGUCUUAAUUUUUCUCUCUUGUAUUUAUAUUGAAAUGUUGACCAUGCCAUUUGCUCCACUUACUGGAAUUGGACUUGUUACAGAAGUGCUGAACGUCAACUUGCCAAAUACAAUUGGAUGAAAAGUAUGAGGCCAAUCAGUCUCUUGAAACACUUUCUCUAUGCAAUCAACAUAACAACAUUCAUUGACAAUGAAAAAUUACGUACGUGCUUCAGAAGAUUAGAUUUGAAACAGAGAUUUGUGAAUAUGAAUGGAGCUAUAUAUGUCCCCAUCUCAGGCACCAACCUCAAGUUCACCUGGACUAUCUACAACACCUCUGUCACCUUCCUGGACCUCUCUGUCUCCAUCUCAGAACCUAACCCGGAAGAGAGAGCCCAGAGAAUUGCCAAAGCUGUCCUCAAACAGUCAACAGAAGUGAAGGAAAAUUGGGAGCAAUUGAAAAUCCAUGCAAGCAACUGGCAGAAACAGGUGGAAAAGGCAUUGGAGAAACUUCAAGAACUGCAGAAAGCUCUGGAUGAUCUUGAGGCUCAUGUGAUAACAGCUGAGGGGGUCCACACUGAUUGGCAACCUGUGGGUGACCUGCUUAUUGACUCAUUGCAGGAUCACAUUGAUAAAACCAAAAUAAGUGCAAUUACAUUGCACUUCACUUAUGAACAGAUGUAACUGCAAUGUUGUAUCGAGACGAUCAGUAAUAUGAGUACUUAAGUAAUAUUGAUUGAAUGGUUGUUAACUUAAUUUGAAAAUUAAAACUUAGUUGAGCAUG